CCUCGGAUAGAGCACUACAGCCGGGAAUGGGAGUCAGAUGCGUGGGAGGAGUGCCUGUGUCUGUGUCUGGGCUGGAAAACACAUGUACUGUAGUGCCUAGAAAAAGCUUUUUACUUUGGGCCUGGCUCCAGAAAACCUCUUUCCUUGCUUUUACAACUGUCCCCUGUUCCUUGGGACUACGCAGAUGUUUAACCCGGCCUGAGGACAGGGAGCUGAGGAGUUUUCUCCAUGUCAUUCCCUCUGACCCCCAGGGAGCAGCCAGCCUGGGGCACGCAGCCUCCUCCCACCUCUGUUCCUUGCCAGGCUUAAUACUCUACACAGAAAGUGAGGCCGAAUAACGUGCACAUGCCGAGUACUGGAGGAGAGGCUGAAGGACAUCCUGUUUUGUUUCAGCAGUGUUGUUAUUCUUUGGGAUGAAAUGAAGAAUUUGAUUCUGUUUUGGAAACACUCAUAUUUCUGAUGCAACUGAACUUCAGUAACCUUUUUGCAGUACAGAUUUCAACAAAUUAUUUUUUUCCUCUUGAACAAAGAUGCAGAACUUGUCGGUGGUAGAAAGUCUUGGUAGUGUGGACAUACCACACUGUGAGCUUCCAGAAGACCUGGCAGCUGAGGCUGGUGGCGUGUCUCUCCAGGAAAGUGGCUGUGACUGGAAUGAAAGAAAAAGUGAUGAAGAAAUUGUUAAUCUUGAAGCAAUGCAGCAAAGCCUCCCUGUAACGAACAGCGAAGGGAGAAGUCGUGAGGAGUUUUCUGAGAGCAGCUUUAGUACCUCAGAACCCAGUGGCUCCUGGGGUGAUUUUGAAGGCUUCAGGGAGCCCUUAGACAAACCAGAGAGAUUUGAUGAUAACCAUGAAGUUUUGGUGAAGUCAGCAAGAGCCAGGGGAGCCCAUCCGGACCUAAGCAGCGGAGGCUGCAGCAUUUCUGCUGCCCAUGUGUGCACUGAACCAUCUCUGUGCCAUGGGAUGCAGGAGGCUUCGGGCUCUCAGGGUGAGGAAGACCACAGCUAUGAGGAGAUAUUUAAGUUGGGCUUUCCAGAAGUCUUUGUACCACAGUCCAGAGAGUGCAUAAGAAGCUUAGAGCAAGUUCUUGAGGCAAAAAAUGAAGAUGUUUGGAUUCCUGAACUUUUGAAGAAUCAACUUUGCAUGGAUUCUGGAAACGUAUGGCGAGCACUCAGAGACUUUGAUAAUACCCCCAGCUCAAGACAUCCCUGGAGUAAAUCUCAUUGCCAAGAAAACCUCUUGAGAGUUCUCGGAGUAGAUGCAAAUCAAAAGGACGUUUCAGAGAACCGGGCUGAUAUUUUUGAGGAAUCAAAUAUCAAAGAUAAUGAAGACUUUAGAUGUGAUGGAUUCAGUGUUAAUGACUGCAAAGCAUUGAUCCAGACCAAGCUUUCUGUGUCACCGGACUCCAGACAUGGUCACCUCUUCACCUGUAACCUCUUUUUGAAGACCACAUCAUCAAAUGAAAACACACAGUGUAUAACAAUCCCAAGGAAGAAGCAGAUUUUUUCUGCACACAAUCUAAAAAUGAAAUUUUUCAGUAGUGAUGUUUGUUGAACUAAAUGCAAUUUUUAGCCUUUUUUUUUAACUGAAUGCAGUUUACCUUCAUUUUGUUACUGACUUGUUACCACAGGCCACAGACAUUCUUUAGGAAAGUGGCAUAUUGCUGUAUAUGAGGGACAUAAGGCCAUGUUAUUAGAAGAUAUUUCUCCUGUUUAGUUGUGAAGUCAAGUUUUGUGAUUUUGUCCUGCGAAGUUUUGCCGCAGAGUCGUGUUUCUUACAGUAAAUUCUGCAGCUGCAAACACACUUCAAGAUAACUCUGGUGAACUCUCCCGAACUACUGACCUUUCAGGCCUUAAUGCCUCUUCAAUCAAAACCCUUCUAUCCCUGCCAAAAUCUGCACAGUCUCAGGUGUGUUGCAACGUGCCUUGUCACCAUCUCUCCUCAUUCUUGCUCCAGUUUGGAUCAGCUGAGAGCUGUGGCUUUGCCACUGCUGGGUGUAAUGAGAAGAGCCUUCUUCAUUUGGGGACUUUCAGUGGGGUUUAGCAGAAUACAAGUGUUUUAAUUUCUGCCUGGUGAAGCCUGCUGUGGUGAUAGGGGUGGAGGCAGCAAAAUGCUCCAUUCUGGGAUUGAUUUCUGGCUGAAAUAAAUCACCUUGUUGAAGCUGA